UCCCAAUAGCAGUUUCGAUAAAGUCUUCGCGCUGAGCGGUUCGUACGCGUUUGUUCGUCGUUCGUUGUCUUCAACUCUGUUGUGUUGGGUUUCCUGCUCCGGUAUGCGGUCGCCAGUCAUAGAUCUCUAGUCUAUUUGUGUUUUUGGUGCAAAAAUUCGAAAAUUCCGUAAAUUCAGAAAAAGUACGCGAUAUAUACAAAAACAAAUUUGUUGUUUUUUCUCCUGUAUGUAAAUACAGAAAAAUAAGCGCUUCGAAAGAUACGAAAACGCUUAGAUAAAGGAAGAAACGAGUUGUGCGCGUAUACAAACGAAAAAAAUAUAUAUUUUGUAAUUUUCAACUCUGCGUUUUCGGCAUUUUUUCUGCUUAUUGCCGCUGUUUGUGUUUAUUGUGGGCCCACGAUUUGUUGACUUAAGUUUUUUUCUUUCGAUUUUUUUUCGUACGCUUUGAUUGGGCAAACAAUUUUUCGGCUUUAUUUGGUCUUAACUCGCAGGCUUAUAUGAGUGUUUCCGUGCGUUGCGGCUACAAAUUGCGGUCAAAGUUGAUAUUUGCAACAAAGUUAACUAUAUAGCUACAACAAAAAGUGUAACUUACGAGUAUAACAAUUGAAUUAGAAGUGUAAAAGGCAGCCAGCUGAAACGAUCUUGUAUCCAACGUGUAAAGUUUUCGAACAAAGCGCAGAGAAAGAUCGUUAUUGGCAACAAAAAAGUAGCAGCGCAGAACGCAGGAAAAAAGCAUCCUUGGUAUUGUUGUUGCUUCCACAACAAAUCAGUAUAUCGCAGCAGCUUGCAAUUGUUGUUAAAAAAAGCCGCCAAAAUUGGUCGCCUAACGAAAACUUCGUUUGUGCUCAACGACUACAAGGACGACGACAUGGGUUUCAGUUCGCGCAUGGACUGCUGCGGGCAGUUCGUCAAGUACAGCCUGUUCAUUUCGAAUUUGAUAAUAUUUAUCGGCGGCGCAACAGUCUUCACGCUUACGCUAUGGACGCUCGUGGAUCGCAGUUUUAUGAAUGAGUUGUUGGGCACGAAUCUCUUCUCGGGCGCCGUCUAUGUCUUAUUGGUUACGUCUGUGGCGAUUUGUUUGCUCUCGUUUUUGGGUUGUGUGGGUGCGGGUAAAGAGGUCAAAUGCCUGUUGUUAACGUAUUUUAUAAUUGUGGCGCUGGUGUUUGUGACGAUGUUAAUCGGCGGCAUAUUGGGCUAUGUCUUUAGGGAACGUGUACAGCAAACAAUGAGACAGGAAAUGCGCGCCACCAUGGCACUCUACGGAAGCCGUCGUGACGUCACUUUAGCGUGGGAUCAAACACAAGAGCGUCUGCAGUGCUGCGGUGUUGACACCUGGCACGAUUGGAAUCGCUACGGCCCCGUACCAGAGUCUUGCUGUCAGGAAUUGUUCGGAGGACAACGCAAAGACUGCAGCAUCUUCCCGACAAUAACGAAUCUCUACAGUCAGGGCUGUCUGUAUGUGACGACAAACUUCAUACGCGAUCAUGCGGCGUUAAUUGGCGGCACUGCCAUAGCGGUGGCCAUAUUAAUGAUAUUUGGCAUGAUAUUCUCUUGUCUGCUAUUUAAUAUGAUUGAAUAGUAGGCUGAGCGCAAGAGUAGGCGUAAUAUCGAGAAAUAAGAAGAAGUGUUGGAAGUUGCAGAAUUAUUAGAAGAGCAAGCAUAUACAACUGAUCAGCAACAAAUAAGCGCUUACACACACACACACA